UAUCACGCCAACUGCUAUAAAUUCUACAUUAUCAUCUAAUACUUUCCCAAUCCCCGCGUGCUCUGCUCUAUCUCUAUCCAACUCCCAGAUCUCCCAAAAUGGCAUCUCAACGAAUAGCGAAUCACAGAGACGAAGCAGAGAUCUACCUCGGUGAAUCUCUCUGCAAGCAGAAAUCAAUUGAGCUACUCGAGGAGAUUCGGCUUCCAAAAGGACUGUUGCCCUUGGACGACAUCGUAGAGGUGGGGUAUAACAGGACCACUGGGUUUGUUUGGCUGAAACAGAAGAAUAGUAAGAAUCAUAGGUUCCGUGAGAUCGGAAGGAACGUGAAUUAUGAUACGGAAGUGACGGCGUUUGUUGAGGAUCGGAGGAUGAAACGGUUGACAGGUGUGAAAAGUAAGGAGCUUUUGAUAUGGGUGACCAUUUCUGAUAUAUAUGUGGAUCAUAACGAUAAUUCCAAGAUCACGUUUGGUAAUCCUUCUGGCAUUUCAAGGACUUUUCCCGUCUCCGCAUUUCAGCUCCAGGAGGAGAAGAAGUAGCCAUGUCAUAGUUUCAAUUUCUUAUCGCUGCUGCUUAUUAUUAUUAUAAUUAGAAGGUAUGGUAAUGUGUUGAAUUUGAAUAAUUUUAUAAUCUAAAGUAUGUAAUUAGAAUAAUGUUAUAACUGAAGCCAUGCUCGAGUAGGCACAGAUAGUCUUUUUCA